AUGUCUCUACCGCAUCCAGAUCUGAGUGUGGAGCAACUUAAAGCAGAUCUAGCGACUAAAGUGUCAGAAAUUGAACAGUUGCGGCGAGAAUUAGCUGGUAUAAGUGGCCGAAACAGUGCCAGCGAGCAGCGGCUUACCGUAGAAUCGCGACGACCUGAUUUUCGGGAGUUAAAAGAACUAGUUAGUAGAUUUAACCCGAAGGACCCAACGUGCCUUUCUGCCACUGAAUGGAUCGAAGAAAUCGAGACAACGGCCCGACAUUACGGAUGGGAUGCAGUAACAAAAUUGCAUUGCGCUCGAUUAAAUUUGGAGGGAUCUGCAAAAAUGUGGUGGGCAGGUGUACAGGAAGUCACUACUACAUGGCAACGGUUUAGUGAAAAACUAGUUCGGGCAUUCCCUUCUGCCCGAGAUGAAAUUUACUACCAUAACCAAAUGACAAAGCGGAGAAAAAUGCGAGAGGAAACGAUCGACGAGUAUGUCUACUCUCAAGCCGCAAUGGGUAAACGAGCUGGAUUUAGUGAACGCGUAGUGGUGAAGUAUAUUAUUGGCGGGCUGGGGGAAUUCGGUUCCAAGUCCCGAGUGCAACUAACAGUGAAAAUUGACACAAUAGAAGAAUUGAUGUCACAAUUAAAGUGGAUGGAGGGGAUGAUCGACGCGCCGGCUGAUACAGGUGCGCCACGUGCUGUCGAGAAAAAGAAAGAGGUCGUUUGCUACAAAUGCCGCCAGCCAGGGCAUAAAGCGGUGGCUUGUGCAGUGACCGUCGAUCGAACACCGGCUACUAAUGAACGAAUGUGUUAUAAUUGCGGUAUCUAUGGCCACAUGGCAAAAAGUUGUCCGAGCCCUAAGACCACCAAACCACCGCCAUCAAAAAUGCAAAUGGUGGAUGAGGACAAUAAUUUUGUGAAAUCAGUUGAAGUUGGCGAAAUGACGUUGAGUGCUCUAGUGGAUUCGGGUUGCAAGGUUUCGACGAUCCAAAGUCGAUAUGCACCAAGAGCCGGUCGAAGUGAAAAUGCAAAUACAACGCUAGUUGGUUUCGGGGGGAAAAAAGUAAAUGUGGAAAAAUACGUAACUUCGUUAGUGAAAAUCGACGAUAUUGAAGUGCCGGUGAAAUUACAUGUCGUUCCCAACUGGACACAAAGUACGGCGUUGAUAUUGGGACGAGACGUGUUGAACCAAGAAGGAGUAGUGAUGCUAAACCGUAAUGGAAAAGUGGAAUUUCGUCGCGAAGACAGCAGAGAAUUUUGUGCUACUAAAAACGCUGCCAGGCAGAUGGUGGUCGAGCUGCCGCCCAGAAAGUACGAAUCGAUGUUCACGAUCGAUUGUCGUACAAAAGUGGAAAAAAUUUGUGAAGAUGACGUGAAUGCGGAGGGAAGUAAAAGUGAAGUAGUAAAACUGAUCAACCAAUACCGGUCAUGUUUUGCUAAAAAUAUGCGUGAGCUAGGAGUGGCGAAAAAUACGGAAAUGAAAAUUGUACUCACCGACCAGGACCCGGUGUAUGUGAAACCACAUCGAAUGGAGUAUGCUCGCGAGACAGCGUUGCGCGCAAUAGUGGAGGAAUUAAUCGAAGCCGGUAUUGUGAAGGAGUCUAAUUCACCCUAUAGCAGUCGGGUCGUGCUAGUACCAAAAAAGGACGGAUCGUUUCGCAUGGCGGUUGAUUAUAGAAUGCUAAAUACUAAAACAGUGAAGGAUAGAUAUCCCAUGCCGGACAUCGAAUGGUGUUUAAAUAAGCUUAGUGGUGCUGAAUUAUUUAUUACCGUCGACUUAUAUUCUGGCUACUACCAAAUUCCGAUGGCCGAAGAAAGCUAA